UCGGAGCAGCUCCUUUCACUAUGGAACUACCAAUAAUGAGUAGUAUUAAUCUUAAGUUAUUAUUUAUACUUAAAUUAACUAAAUUAAUACGCACACGUAUAUUCCGCCAACUGUGGUGAGAAAACAUUGUAAAUAUUAAAUACUUUAUAUUAAUUGUUAUCUGGUCACUCUAAUUGUGCAUAUCCACCACACAUUACUCGUUAUUCUAAUUCCUCAUUUCCCUUUAUCCUUUAAUAUGUUUAUACAUACAUACAUGUUAGAACAAUUAAGCUUAGCUUUGCCUAAGCCUAGCAUCUUAGUUAUCAGUUCGCUUUUUACAUUCGAUACCGGCACACGCAUUAUUUUCUUGUUCGGUUCUUAUACUCGCUACCUGCAGACAGGCAGGCAUUUCACCUAAUAAACCACCAGCCACGUAACUUUCUACUUGUUGUAUUAUAUAUAUUUAUAUUAAUAAAUAUUUUGUAAAUAUAUAUCGUCGUUGUUUUAUAUCGCGAUUCGAAGCUAUCAAAAAAGCUUGGUAGCUCAACAUUUUGGUGACCCCGACGUGAUCGCUGUGUGUGUUUAUUGGUGAUAUAGUUAUACUUAACAUUAACUAUCAAACUAUUAGUUCGUGCGCCACCGUGCUAGUGUAACAUUAGUGUGGACAUAUUUUGCAGUGAACAAUAGAUAAAUCAAACUCGUGGUUUAAAACCUAUUUGAUUUGUGGCAAAAUAGUGGCGUGAUUUCUAGAAAGCGCUACUACGGUAAAUUUGGAUAUUUAAGCGAAAACAUUUCUAACGUAACUUAAUACCGUAAGCACCGUUUAUCGGGUGCCGCUAAUUUCUUCAACGGUUCGGUACGGUUAUCCGCUAUACAUUACCGCGCUGAUCACCUAACCUUGUUUAAUUUUUAAUUGGCUAAAUUUUUUGGAUAUGUCGUUAAACCAAUCAAUCGGUGGUACUCCAGCUGGAGACAUUCCUGCCAAUGCGAGUCCCAUAAGUCAGCAUUCACCAAUGGGCAGGGUGACAUUUUUGAAGUUGAAGACACAGGCCAUGUAUAAGCGCCUUGAAUGCAUAAGUGCUGAUAUGGACUCGGAGCGGUUGCAAAGCAUGGACGAGUAUGCUUUAGCGGCAAUAAUUGAUUCAGUUAACGAACUGAAAUCGAAUUUCUUGGCUGCACACACAAGCUUGGAAGAGCAUGACUUUGAAUCUAUUGGAAGUGAUUUACUUACACAAUUUGAUACGAAUUUGGUUCAGUUGAAAGCUACCCUACAACGUGAAAUUGGAAAGCGUAGCGCUUCUCAACAUUGUUCCACAUUCAAGAUGAACAGCAAUGAAUUCCAGCCUAUUAUUGUGAAUACUAAUCGUUCUCGUUUGCCUCAAUUAACGUUGCCUAAAUUCAGUGGAUCUUAUAUAGAGUGGACAAAUUUCUAUUCGAUGUUCUCAUCAGUCAUCGAUAAGGACAGCGACCUAAGCGAUGUGGACAAAUUGCAACAUUUGCGUUCCUGCUUGAGUGGUGCUGCUCUUGACACCAUACGAUCGUUGGAAAUAAAUGAGGCUAAUUAUAAAAUCGCAUUAGAUCUUCUCAUUAAACGAUUUGAUAAUAAACGUCUUAUUUUUCAGGCACAUAUCAGGGAGAUUUUCGGGAUGGACAAAGCAGAUGGUACUGUCAGCAAGCUGCGAGCGUUGUCGGACAAGGUCAAUUCGCAUAUAUGUGCGUUGCAGUCACUUGGCUCCAAAGAGCAAAUAGCGGACUGCAUAGUGGUACAGUUUUUAACGCAAAAGUUGGACAAAGUAACUCAAGCAAAAUGGGAAGAAAGUUGGUCAAUAAACGAGUUACCAUCGUGGGAAUCAUUAGCUGCAUUUUUAGAACAUCGAUGUCGUACCCUCGAGAACGUAGAGCAUGCAUUACAAACACAAGCUGAAACAUUUGGUAAAACCGGAAAAACCAAAAUCCAGAAGAUCUUGAUGUACUGACGCCCGGACAUUUUCUCAUUGGUGGUCCUCUUAUCGCUAUUCCUGAGCCGAACCUCACGCAUCUAAACUGCAAUCGUUUAGACCGCUGGCAGCAGGUUACCUACAUACAACAAAUAUUUUGGAAGCGAUGGAGUGAAGAAUAUCUUACUAUUCUACAACAACGAGCAAAGUGGCGUAAACCACACCCAAACAUUGCAGUCAAUGACAUCGUAUGCAUCAAAGACGAAAAUUCAGCACCUCUUAAAUGGCCCUUGGGUCGUGUUACAGAAGUUGUCACUGGGACAGACGGGGUUGCAAGAGUAGCCGUUCUUCGUACGUCUACCGGCAUGAUGCGUCGAGCUAUCAAUAAACUGUGCGUUUUACCUGUCAAAGAUUCUUUUGAAAGUUAGACCUUUCAACGGGUGGAGGAUGUUCGGAGCAGCUCCUUUCACUAUGGAACUACCAAUAAUGAGUAGUAUUAAUCUUAAGUUAUUAUUUAUACUUAAAUUAACUAAAUUAAUACGCACACGUAUAUUCCGCCAACUGUGGUGAGAAAACAUUGUAAAUAUUAAAUACUUUAUAUUAAUUGUUAUCUGGUCACUCUAAUUGUGCAUAUCCACCACACAUUACUCGUUAUUCUAAUUCCUCAUUUCCCUUUAUCCUUUAAUAUGUUUAUACAUACAUACAUGUUAGAACAAUUAAGCUUAGCUUUGCCUAAGCCUAGCAUCUUAGUUAUCAGUUCGCUUUUUACAUUCGAUACCGGCACACGCAUUAUUUUCUUGUUCGGUUCUUAUACUCGCUACCUGCAGACAGGCAGGCAUUUCACCUAAUAAACCACCAGCCACGUAACUUUCUACUUGUUGUAUUAUAUAUAUUUAUAUUAAUAAAUAUUUUGUAAAUAUA